AUGCUGUUCAACCGAGUAUUUCCAUUGAUACCGAUAUAUCACUUUCGCCGGCAAUAUGCAACGAUCGAUUUACAGACUCUGAGGUCAUUAUUGCUCAGAGCAUGCGUUCCACUCCUUCCAGCUCGUGAAACAGCAUUCGCACAGUUUAGCGCUAUAUUCAAUUUUGCCAAGUUGCGAGACGGGUACGGUGUGGAUUGUAUUUUCACACGGCGAAAGCUUGAAAGCCUGCCACAACUAGCCAUCGAAGAUUUUACUACCGCUGAACUCGACAGAACUUUCCAUCUAUGCGAUGGACAUGGCCAACAAACACACCAGAUCCGGAGGUGCUCAACGGCCGAAUUUUACCACAAUUUGGGGCAGCAGACAGUAACUGAUGGGCGAUCCAUUGCUGAUAUUGAGCGGGACUUGCCGUCACGAAAAUCGUCUCCUAAAGCGAAUAUCAUCCGUUAUGCCCAAGAGUUAUCCCAGGAUCUGGAUUCCAUGCUCAAUUUUUACGAUGAUCGCUUUUCCUCGCUCCGUUUCUUGAACUAUAUCGGCAAGCAAAAGGCGGAGAGCGAGCUUGUGAACAUCAUG